GAAAAAGAAAAAAAAGUAGGUAUUGUACUAGCUUAUUGGCAUGCCAUGUGUGGCCCGUGUAGAAUCUCUUCAUGCGUCAAGGCCGCAAGGGUCGUCACUCACGCACGCACGCGGCUCAUGAAGGUGAGCGGCUUGGUGAAGAACCUCGGUGACAACUUCUCCUACGGCUGGCUCAAGCAGGCGCCGCCCUGCUUCGACCACCUCACCGUCGACGCCCUCGGGAGCUCCAGGUCCUCCUUCAUCGAUAUGGAGGACCCCGCAGAGCUCUUCUCCAUGCGAUGGACCACAACAACGACGAGCGACUUUGACUUCGGCGUCCUGGUGCUCGGAGGAAGCGCCGCCUCCCUCGGGCAGCUGGUCAGCGCGAGCUAGAUCUCCCGCGGCGGCCGCCUCCUCCCCUGCGAGCCGGGCGGCUGCUCCGGUGCCUCUGCGCAACAAGAUGGCCGCGGCUCGGUGGCCUGUAGCGCCAUGGACGACAUGCCGGGGUUGUUGCCUCCGUCGUUGCCACUGUUUCACUCGGCGCAGAGCACGCCGCUUCGCUGAGCACGUGCUCCAGCGCGACGAGCAAGCACACCGGGCAGCGCGGCCCGAAUAUAAUUAGUCAUGAUGAUUAUGCAAAUAUAAUUAGUUUUUUCACAAACAAACAAA